AUGCCUCAUUUUGGCUUCGACAUGAACCGCUUCAGCUACCUGCUGCUGCUGCGUUCCUUCUCUCCAUUUGCGGUGGCUCUGCAACAGAUGACCGGUCCAGAGACCCCCACCCCCUCACCCCCAUCCCCAGGAAUUGAUGGAAAUGGCUUCUUCAUGUUUGCUGACUUCUACUGCGUUAUGCACUCCAGAGAGUGGGAGAACGUGGAGUAUCUGAUCGACUGGUAUUUUAACAAAGAGUUUAUGAUGCAGUACAACAGCACAGUCGGCAGCUGGACGGGUUUCACUCCAGCUGGAAAAAUCACAGCGUCUCAGUUUAAUGAAGACAAAUAUGAUGUUCAGCAGAGAAAAAUAGAGAAACAGCUGAUAUGUGUCAACACUGUUGAUGCAAUAUUCAAUGGAACUGAGGAAAAUAUGGCUGAACCCAGCAUCACUCUCCAGGAGGGGGACCACACUUCCAGUCAUGGCGUAAUACUUGUGUGCAGCGCUUACGACUUCUACCCCAGGUACAUCCUCGUGACUUGGUACCUGAACGGGCAGGAAGUGACUGAGGGCGUGACCAUAAGUGAAGUGAUGACAAAUGGAGACUGGACCUAUCAGGUUCACUCUUACCUGGAGUACACACCUGGCCCAAAGGACAGGGUCACCUGUAUGUUGGAGCAUGUCAGCCUCAAGGAGCCCAAGAUUUCUCACUGGGAUUCUUCCUUGAAACAGUCUGAAUGGAGUUAUGUAACGGGAGGAGUUUGUGCUUUGCUUUUUGGAGCAUUGAUGUUGUCUCUGGGACUGAUCUAUUACAGAAGAAAAAUCAUUUUCAAGUCCUCUAUAAGCCAUUAA